ACAAGCAAUCUACUCUUCUUCUCCUACCCCUACAACUCGAGUUUCGUCCUGUCUUUCCUCUCUCUCCGCAGCUUCAAUGGCGCUUAGAACUCUCCCUAGUUCCACUCUGCCACCCAUGAGGAGUGACAGGAGCAUGUUAACCAUGUCUGAUGACAAUGUAAUGCUGAAGCAAAUUCAGAGCACACAUGCUCCUGAUGGCCGGGAAGUUGAUAUCAAACCUCUCUUCAAUCUUGUUGAGGACAUCCUUGAUCGUGCCACCCAGCAUGUUGAUACUGUUUUCCUGGGUUCCCAAGCAAAAAAGGAAAUAGAAGAAAAGGCUCACCAAGCAAAUCUCGUUGCUUCGGUUGACUCUCUUACAUUCAUCAUUGAUCGAAUUUCAUGUGAGAUAUCUUACAAGGCUUUGGGUGGUUCUGAUGCACACCAAACAACACUUGCCAUCUUCAACUUGGUAUCAGAAUUCUCAUGGGAUGCUAAGCUGGUGCUGGCCCUGGCAGCCUUUGCCCUGAACUAUGGAGAAUUCUGGCUCCUAGCUCAGAUUUACUCUACAAACCAACUUGCCAAGUCAAUGGCAAUCCUGAGGCAGCUACCAUCAAUCCUGGAGAACACCGGUCCCCUCAGACCCAAGUUUGAUGCCCUCAACAAUCUGAUUAGGGCCAUAAUGGAUGUGACUAGAUGCGUGGUUGCAUUUAACGACCUGCCACAAGCCUACAUAACACAAGAUGUUCAGGCAUUAAGCACAGCCAUUGCCCAUGUCCCAACUGCAGUCUAUUGGACCAUCAGGAGUGUCGUGGCUGCUGCUGCUCAGAUCACUACCCUUACUACCAUGAGCCAUGAGUUUUCAAUAUCAACAACAGAGGCAUGGGAGUUAUCCACCUUGGCUCACAAGCUGAAAAACAUACAUGAACUUCUUAAGAAGCAGCUGGAUCUUUGCUACCAAUUCAUAGAUGAAAAGAGGAAUGUUGAAUCUUACCAGAUGCUCAAGAACCUCUUUGAGAUGAUCCACAUUGACAACAUGAAGGUUCUCAGGGCCUUGAUAUAUGCCAAGGAUGAUCUACUGCCGCUUUUUGAUGGUUCUACCAAGAAAAGGGUUGGUCUAGAUGUUCUGAGAAGGAAGAAUGUCUUGCUACUCAUUUCAAGCCUGGACUUCUCCCAAGAUGAGCUUCAAAUUCUCAUUCAGAUAUACAAUGACUCCAGACUGCAUUCCACAAGGCAGGAGAGUCAAUACGAGAUGGUUUGGAUCCCGGUUGUGGACCGGUCCAUCCAGUGGGUUGAUAGAAUGCAGGUCGCGUUUGAAAGCCUGCAAGCCACCAUGCCGUGGCACACAGUGCACCAUCCCACUCUGAUAGAGAAGCAUGUAACCAGGUUCAUCAGGGAGGUGUGGCACUUCAGGAACAAGCCAAUCCUUGUAGUGCUGGACCCUCAGGGCAAGGUGGCUUGCCCAAAUGCAAUCCACAUGAUGUGGAUUUGGGGCAGCUCUGCAUUUCCUUUCACUACCCUUAGAGAGGAAAUGCUUUGGAGGGAAGAGGCCUGGAGGCUUGAACUUCUCGCUGAUGGAAUUGACCCAAUGAUCCUGAAUUGGGCUAAAGAUGGCAAAUACAUUUUCCUGUAUGGAGGGGACGACGUUGAGUGGGUGAGAAAAUUCACAACCACAGCAAAGAAUGUCGCGCUAGCGGCUCGGGUUCCAUUGGAGAUGGCGUAUGUAGGAAAAGGCAGCAAGAAGGAGUUGGUUCGCAGAGCAACGGCCACCAUCACUGUGGAGAAGCUUAGCUACUGCUGGCAAGACCCCACCAUGGUGUGGUUCUUCUGGACCAGGCUGGAGAGCAUGCUGUUCUCCAAGAUCCAGCUGGGCAAGGCCGACGACCAGGACCCCAUGAUGCAGGAAAUCAAGAAGGUGCUCAGCUACGACAAAGAAGGCAGCUGGGCAAUCCUCUGCAAAGGAUCUAACGUGGUGGUCAACGGUCACGGAACCACAGUCUUACCCGCCCUACUAGAGUAUGACUUGUGGAAGGAACAAGUAGCUAUUAAGGGCUUUGAUAUAGCCUUCAGGGAUCACCAUGGUAAGCUUCAUGACAUUGCUCAUCCCUGCUGCCGGUUCGAGUUUCCAAUGGCGGCCGGAAGGAUCCCGGAGGGGAUGAAGUGCCCGGAGUGCAACCGCAUGAUGGAGAAGCACAUUACCUUCAUCUGCUGCCAUGAUGAUGGCAUUGCAGGAAAAUUCCUCUGAACUUGGACCUCCAUGGCUUUGUAGUCCUUGUCACCAAGGAUACAAAUAUGGAUUUGAUACUUCACAAUAAAGGUCGAUUUCCAUGAAAUAACCAGGGUAUGUGUCUCCAGCUAUUUUUACUAAAUAGUUGCUUGAGACUUGAUCAUAUCCCCCUUUUUCCCCUCCAAUUUUCAUGUGUAUGUGUUUUGUUUGAGGUUUGCACAAUGUACUGUGACUUAAUAUUGAUGUUAUGAUUGAUAUAAAUAAAGAGCACAAUUUGCU